AUGGCGCUAUUCGGGACUUCAGACGCCCUGAUGUGCCGGGCGUUCCCGACGACCUUGCGAGGACCAGCCCGCGCGUGGUACAACGGCGUGAAGCCAGGUACCAUCGCCUCCUUCGACCAGCUCGCCAAGGAUUUCGAGCUUAACUUCCUAGCGUACUCCCGACCAAAGCCAUCCAUGGCGUUGCUCUUGGGGCUCAACCAUAAGGAGGACGAGCCCCUUUCUCACUUUGUGAACCGGUUUACGACGCAAAUCCGUGGAUUAUCGGAUGCUCACCCCUCUCUCUUGAUGCAGGCCUUCAUGACCGGCCUGCGGCCGUCCAGGUUCUUCUGGUCCCUCGUGGAAAGGCCCCCCGUCGCGGUCCCUGAGAUGCUCCAACGGGCCAGUCAGUUCAUCGCCGCAGAAACCUGGAUGGUGGGAAGGCGAGAAGAGCACAGAAAGGUCAAGUCGGAGCCGCCUCGACACCAGCAACCCACCACCUCCCGGCGAAAGUUGGACAGGCCUGACCCAAGGCCUCCUCUUCCCGCCUUGAACUCUUCCCGGACAGAGAUAUUCCUACACGAAAGGGGGAAGGGGCUGCUCAGGGACCCCCACCCGAUGAAGAACCCGCGAGAGCUCGCAGACCGCUCAAAGUACUACCGAUUUCAUCGACAGCACGGGCACGACACGGAGCAGUGUUACGAGCUAAAAAGACAAAUCGAGGAACUCACUCAGACACAAAACACUCAGAGGCUCUUCUUCUGCCUCACCCACAAUCCCCUCCACAUCUUUCUCUAA